CACUCCCUCACUUCAACUCUCUAGCUCUCUCCUUCUCUCUCUCACUCACACUCUCGCUGAGCUCUAACCGCUUGGAUACAGUGCAGAGGACUUGGGAAGAGUGCUCUUUUCUUAUUCUGCGUUUCCUUCCCUCCUCUCUCCCUCGUGAGCUGUUGAUUUAGAUCAAUUCAUUGGGAUGAGGAUGCGUUUGUGUUAAGCUGCAACAAAGGAAGAGUGCACAAGGAGCAACAGUGGAGUAAUUGCCUGCACGGAGAAACAGGAGACACCCCCUCCUUUACAGGCUCAACAAGGGUGGCCGGUUGGACAACAGCAGCCAUGUGAUUGGGGGUGGCAGAGAGCAAAGAAUGUCCAGGAGGUUCAGCUAAAGCAGCCCUGCAGUGAGAAUCUCCCCCUCUGGCGCCUGUUCUUCAUGAGGACCCGAAGAUGACUGUCACCAGCCGGCAGUCCUUGAAUGUCCUGACAGUCAUCUUCCUCCUGCUGUCCACUGCAGCUCUAUCAGCUCAUUUCAGAGUGUGUGAACCAUACUCCGACCACAAGGGGCGCUAUCACUUUGGUUUCCACUGCCCUCGCCUUUCUGACAACAAGACCUACAUGUUCUGCUGUCACCACAACAACACAGCCUUCAAGUACUGCUGCAACGAGACUGAGUUCCAGACGGUCAUGCAGGUCAAUAUGACUACCACCACAGACGGCUUCAAACACAAUAACUAUACAGCCCUGGUAGGAGUGUGGAUCUACGGCUUCUUCGUCAUGGUGCUGCUAGCCCUGGACUUCCUCUACUACUCGGCCAUGAACUAUGAGCUGUGCAGAGUAUACCUGGAGAAGUGGGGUCUGGGUGGGCGCUGGCUGAAGAAAGCCAGGAGCCAGUGGCACCAGCCAGUCCCAGGAGAGGAGAAUGAGACCCAGGCACAGACCCAGGGUCACCCCAUGGCCCUCAGCCACCAGCACCUCAGACACAGCCUCAGAGGAGAGGACCAGAGCCCCACGAACCCUAGCACGCCCCCACCGUCUGACUGAAGCUGCGAGAGGAUGAAUGGAUAGAAGGGUAGAGAGCAGCGAUGCUGAGCAGAGCACGCCGCAGAAGAUAGCACGGCUCCGACACCUGUCUCUGUCUGGCUGGAUUAUUUACACAGUAACAUACCACAGGGUGGCUGGCCCUGCCGGAGAUAGCAGUUAGCUAGCAGAACCUGCUCGCCUCCAUUCCUCUAAACACCUCCACCACUGGACCAACGGAACCAGGCCAAAGGUCAACACUAGACUACUAUGAAAGGUCCUGGCGAAUGGAGCUGCUGCUACCCGAACACUGUUAAGGAACAGGUCACAGGCACUGAAAGUGAUCAUGAAGAACCCCUGCAUGGGCUGGGGCUGUUCUAAGAGGAUGCCAAUGGAAACUGAAACAGCAACUGAUCAACUGAACAAGGGGGGCUUUGUUUAAUGUGUGUGUUUGAGUGUUGAUUGUACUUUGUUGCUGUGUGGGGUUAAAUUCAGUAGUAGUCAGAAGAGGUAGUGGGUGUAUCUCUUGGUGAUUUAUUUAAUGUAGACUAGUCAGGGACUUUUUACGAGUGGUAGACAUUCUAGACGAUUCACCAUGAUGCUUAGCAUCUCUUUGGAGCUAAAAUUAGGACAUAGACUGGCUCAAUCACUGAGGAUAGAUUUAAUGGGACGGUGAAGUCUAUGGAACAGACAUAUUUCAGCAUAAUGAACCUUUAUUGAAUAUGGUGGCCCCUCCCCUUCAAGGCACCCUGUCAGCUCAGCAAUCAGGGAGAGUGGAGUGCUGACAAAAUAAUCACGUCAGUGGUUCCCACUGAAAGGUGUUACACUGCAAAAAAAAAGUGAAAUCUAAGCAAGCCUAAAUAUCUUCUAUUGAAAUAUCUUUCUUCUUUUUUCAAACCAAGCUAAAUGAUCUAACGUCAGUGGCAGAUCAUUUGAUUUAGGUUUGCUCAGAUUUCACUUUUUGCAGUGUAGUGCACGCACAGGGAGGGGAUAAAGCUCAACACUUAACUCAUUUCUGACAUGAACUUUCUUAUUGAUCCAUAAAGUGCAGUCUUUGUUGUGUUGGGAGGGGAGAGAGAAUAAAGCAUCUGUUCAGGUCAGCAGACUGGGAGGGGGAUGGAGUGUAGGGGGGGAAGACCAGGCGGUAUAUAGUACUGUACAGGGGUAUGUCUCUACUCACUCUCCUCACUCUACCCCAGUUCUGGAGCUAUAACCUGCGAUCUGGCAGCAGCUUAGCCAGUACAUUACGUGCAGAGAAUUCCUGGACUGUAUGCACCGUGCAGCAGGCAAUACACUACAGUAUCCUUGGUAGGGGCCAACCAAGAGGGCAGACCCAUAAAUGGUUCUCUGGGAGUUACUGGAAAUACCACCAAUACUCCUGAACAGCCACAUGGCAGGAGGAGCAGGACAACUAUCCCCAAUAUACUAAAACGGCAAACUGAACCUGCCAAUUUAUUCAAAUGAUUUAAAUAAAUUGUUUUGUCAACA